AUGAACAAGCAAAAUCGACAGGAAGACGGGGGAGAAGCAAACCACAGCAGGAAUAUGCAGGGGUCUAGAGUGUGGAAGGAGCUAUGGGGGCUCAAUAUGAAGCACAAAAUUAAGCAUUUCAUAUGGAAGUGUUUAAGAGGAGUACUACCAGUCAAUGAAGUAGUGAUGAGGAGAACGGGAAAAGGUAGUCCUAUGUGUAUUAAUUGUGGAGAAGGUGUGGAGACGUUGGAACACAUGCUGUUUAAGUGUGAUAGGGCAGCAUUGAUCUGGAAAGCUGCACCGUUACAGUGGGAUGGACUAGAGGGGCUUAAAAACUCCUUCUGGCAUUGGUGGGAAGAACUGAUGCAAGCAACUAAAAGGGAGGAUGGGCGAGACCAUAUUAUCUUGACAGCAAACUUGCUGUGGCAAGUUUGGAAAGCAAGGAAUGAUAGGCAGUUCACGGGGGUGGAAAGGGACCCUUUCCUACCAGUUAACAAAGCUGUGGCAGAGUGGAGAGAAUACCAAGAAGCCACAAGGACCCUGACUGGGAACGAAGGGACGGGAGUUAAAGUAAGGACCGCUGUGGAGAGUGGAAACCCCCAGAAAGAGGGUGCAUCAAGGUCAACACAGAUGCAGCUUUCAACAGAAACGCGAGGAAGGCAGGUUGGGGAAUAG